AUGACUGACUCCCAUGCUGUUCCCCUUUACGACAACAUUGGCGUCAACUACGAUGCCACGCGGCAGGCAGACCCCUACUUGACCGCGCGUCUGGCCCACCAUUUGGGCCUGAAGGAUCAAGGGCAAUAUCUGGACAUUGCCAGCGGGACGGGGAACUACACUACCGAACUGGCAAAGCUGGGCGGUUGCUGGCACGGCCUGGAUUUGUCCUCGGGGAUGUUGCGGUUGGCAGGCCGGAAGAACUCUCAAAUCUGCUAUCUGCGAGGCAAUUCCGUUGCGUUACCAUUUCGAGACCUCAGCUUUGACGGCGCGAUCUGCACCAUGGCCCUUCAUCACUUUGCCCGCCUGCUUCCGGUCUUUUGCAAGGCCAAUCGUGUCCUGAGACACGGUCGGCUGGUAAUCUUCACCGGCACUCGCGAACAGAUGGCUGCCUACUGGCUCAACGAGUAUUUCCCCAUAGCGAUGGCCCGUUCAACCGCGCAGAUGCCUACCCUGGAAUCUGUUCUGGAAGCGUUGAGGGAUACGGGCUUUUCUUCGGUACAAGCCGAAACGUACGAGGUACAGCCCGACCUGAAGGAUCUGUUCCUUUACUCCGGCAAGCACAGGCCCGAGAUUUAUCUGUCCGACGCGGUGCGGCGAGGCAUAUCCACCUUUUCUACCCUCGCAGACCCAGAGGAACUGGAAAGCGGAUGCGCCCGACUCCAACAGGACAUCGAUUCGGGCAAAAUCACCGAGGUAGCGGAAAGCUUCAGGCACGAGGGCGGCGACUACGUGUUUGUCGUAGCCUCCAAGGAAAGGUUAGGCUAG